CCGGUGGGAGCCGGCAGGCACAGUAUAAUACAAUCCUAUCUCGACUCUCUGGAGCCAAAGAUGACAUAAGACUCUUCAGCCUCUCACGUGAGACUGCACGCGUCACGGCGCAGGAUGCCGUCCGAGACGCCGAGCGCGCCCAGUGGCCAUCGCCUCGCCCUUGGACAAUAUCGCAAGGCAGAGAGCGGAUGACAGUCGCACCGCCUCGAGCAAUGGAAUGCUAGAUGCAUCCAAUCGACGCUUCUCACCAGCGUCAGCAGCAACAGCGGAACAGAGAGGCAAGCUAGAUGGCUACCUCAGAUCCAGCCCUGACGCAAAAACGGCGAAUUGGGGUACGAGGAGAAGGUGCAUGAGCAUGAUCAUGCCACAGCCUGCAAGACCAGACGAGAAGACGAAUGGGCCAUGUUCGACAUCGAUCAUGCAGCCAGUUUCUAUCUUGGAUAGUCUGCAACCAUGUAAUUCUUUACUUGUAAUCAUAUUAUACCCAACCGCGACAUCGCGGCAAAUCAGAAGACUUUCUAGACAUCUACAUCUCCGCGUCUCAUCCAUCGUCUUCAAGAGUCUGCUCCCAGUAGUCAUGCAGCCUGUCGUCCAACGGCUUCUGGACGGCAAAACUGCUUUCGGGCUCAGCAACGCGAGUGAACUGCCCGCCUUGAAAGUGUCGGAGGGUCACUUAAAGGGCAAUACCGCGUGGACUACGAAUGGGGACUCCCCGUCUGGCUGCAUUUAUCCGCCCAGCUUUACCCGGCGGCAUCCGGGGAGAGGACAUCGGGCGUGGAGGAGGCUUGAGGGGCUUCGCUUGCGUUGGCAUGUAGCCUGCUGAGCAGAGCAGGUCGAGGUUGGAUGACCGGUGGCUUACAAGAAAACAGGGCGCAUGCAGGCCGGAGUUCGGGAUGCCUGACCAAGCGUCGCGUAAGGCAGUCCGAAGAGUGUAAGGUACAAAGAGAC